CAGAACAUUCCAGGAUCCCAGAUUAAGAGGAUAUACUGAACAAUGACAACGGAGACUCAUGUCAAAGACAUCAAACCAGGACUCAAGAAUUUAAACCUCAUCUUCAUCGUAUUAGAAACAGGACGUGUAACAAAAACAAAGGAUGGACAUGAAGUACGCACCUGUAAAGUAGCCGAUAAAACUGGCAGCAUCAGCAUCUCUGUUUGGGAUGAGGUGGGCGGGCUCAUCCAGACCGGUGACAUCAUCAGACUUACCAAAGGAUAUGCCUCAGUGUUUAAAGGCUGUCUCACUCUGUACACUGGGAGAGGAGGGGAGUUGCAGAAGAUUGGAGAAUUCUGUAUGGUCUACUCUGAGGUGCCUAAUUUCAGUGAACCAAAUCCAGAGUACUUGGCUCAGAUGAAUAAGACAGGACUUGGUGACCAGGGAAACAACAUGAACAUCAACAGUGGUACAUCUGCUGCUCCAGCUGGAAAUGAGGCAACCAAUGGAAAUGGAGUAGCUCCUCAAACCUCUGGAAACUCCACCAAUACCCAGCAGGGUGGGCGGGUCAGUGGCAGUAACGGAGGCAGGAAUGCAGCCACUCCAGUGACAGUAGCCAACACCAUAAGCAAUGGGAAAGAGACUAGACGUUCUGCCAAGAGAUGAUUUUGAGACCAGGAACCAAUCAUUGAUUUUCAUAAUGACACUUCUGUUUUGUGUUAUCAUCUGAUAAAAAUAACAGUAAGACAUAAAAAUCAGCUGUUUUUACACAUGAACACCUAACUGCUAUUUCAUUUUAAUUGUAUAUUAUUUUGUAUAAAAGACCCGAGAGUUGUGUGUUUAAAUGAGCUGUUGAAAACUUAGUUAACUUCAAUUUUUCAUUCGGACUAUCAGA